AUGCCCCCGAUCAUUCGUCCACUCGCGCUUUUUCAAGACAUCCCCCCUGACCGCGGCGCACAGCUCGCGCUCUGCUCCGCUCUCACAUGCAGACUGACGCUUUCCAGCAGCGGCGCACAAUAACGCCCAAGCGCGUUUAGCGGAUUUCUCCGUCCUGCGCUUCGCCAUGCGCGGCGGCCAGCGCGGAUUUCAACAUCUGAACUUUUGGAAAGAGGAGUCCCGGAGCGCACAGCGUGCUCAGUGCAAGCGGCGCGUUUCCAAGUGACUGCAGAGCGCGCCUGUCUGGCACAGACUCCGCGUUAAGUUGUGAGUAUGAGAAGAGGAGACCGAGGUUAGGGUCAGCGAGCAGCCAGCGGACUCUCCGGACACGGACAAUGGAAACCUUCAGCGUGUCAGUGAACGGCGUGUCCUACACCGUGGCACCUGAACUCUCCACCACCGAUGAUCCCUUUAACGGACCCAUCAAGAACAUCGCGCCCUGGAACUUCACCAUCCUGGCCGUUCUCAUGUUUGUGGUCACCUCGCUGUCUUUAACCGAAAAUUUCCUGGUCAUGUUUGUCACUUUCAAAUUCAAACAACUCAGGCAGCCCCUGAAUUACAUUAUAGUUAAUCUGGCCAUCGCCGACUUUCUAGUCUCCCUCACCGGUGGAGUAAUAAGUUUCCUGACUAACGCCAGGGGUUAUUUCUUCCUCGGGAAGUGGGCUUGCGUCCUGGAGGGCUUUGCAGUUACUUUUUUCGGGAUCGUGGCCCUCUGGUCCCUGGCUGUCCUGUCCUUUGAAAGGUUCUUUGUGAUCUGCCGGCCUCUGGGUAACAUCCGACUGCAAGCAAAGCAUGCGAUCCUGGGUCUUCUGUUCGUUUGGUCCUUCUCCUUCAUCUGGACCUUCCCUCCAGUGCUGGGAUGGAACAGAUACACUGUAAGCAAGAUUGGGACCACCUGUGAGCCCGACUGGUAUUCAACCAACAUCACAGAUCACAGCUACAUCCUUACUUUCUUCGUCACUUGUUUCAUUUUGCCUCUUGGGGUGAUUUUCUUCUGCUAUGGGAAGCUCCUACGGAAGCUCAGGAAGGUAUCACAUGGUCGUCUGGCCACUGCCAGGAAACCAGAGCGCCAAGUGACCCGCAUGGUGGUGGUGAUGAUCGUGGCAUUCAUGGUGGGUUGGACACCAUACGCAGUCUUCUCCAUAUUGGUCACAGCACAUCCAACUAUUGAACUGGAUCCAAGACUGGCUUCUAUCCCAGCCUUCUUCUCUAAGACAGCUGCCGUCUACAAUCCAAUCAUCUAUGUUUUCAUGAACAAACAGUUCAGGAAGUGUCUUAUCCAGCACUUCACCGGCGUGGGGACGAUCCCUGAUAGCAACCUGAAUCAGACCUCUGAUCGACCUGGAAUCACUGCCGAGAGUCACACGGGAGAGAUGUCAGCCAUUGCUGCCCACAUCCCCGUGGGCAGCACCACGUCACCCAGAUCGGACUUCAGAUCUGAUUCUCCAACCGACUGUGGUUCAUUUGCUCAGCUUCCCAUUCCAGAGAACAAAGUCUGCCCAAUGUAACAAUAGGCUUUACCCCGAUAGCUGUUCUCUUUCCCUGAGCGUGAAUAGACACCCUUCUGUAGACGCCCCACCCUUGCCCUGUGUUUCAAGGACAAUUAAGGGUUAGCAAAAAGUAAGAAAUUUUAUGGUCCAGAGUAUUCUGGUAGAUGUUCAGUUUAUUAGUGGGAAAAAAAAGACUGAGGGGAAAGAACUGUAGAGACUGAACUGCUCAGAGCUUUACCCUGUAGAUAUCCUGUAAAUAUUUGCUCACCAAUGCUCCUCUGUCCUGUUAUUCAAGAAUGUCUUGGAUGUUCUCUUGACCAUCACUGCACAAUGGAGGGCACUUGAUUCAACGUGAUUCAUUCAUAUCCCAAUGAAAAAAAAAGGGACUGCAAAACCCACAGACCUUGAACAUCCGUUAGUUGAUGGCUAGCCAGUGUGUUUCAAAUAUCACAAUGCACCCAGCCUUUCAUCUCGUCCUCGCCUUCUCCUUUGAAGCCCCAUGAUGGUGCCUGCAGAGAAAGCGUGUUUUUCUAUGCUGUUUCAGUAUUUGCUUUGGCAGCAAUUUUCAUUCAUCUCUGUCCGUCAAAAGGACGGAGCAGUCUGCUGAAUUUGAAUAUUUUUUUUUGUAUCCCGCGUAAACUAGUUUGGGUCAAAGCUUUUAUCUUUUGUGAAGAUGGUCAAGAGGGCUUACAGAUGCCAGUCUCCUGUUCCCUCUGUUGCAGAUAUAGGAGGACAGCAUAUUAAUAAGCAGUGGAUCACCACAUACAUGCACACACUACAGUCCACUGCUUUGUGGUAAGCUCUCUAUAGGAGCUGUGAAGAAAUGCAUCAAUAAUUAUCACUAGCACAAGAGUGGGUUUGCUAGUCAGCCAUGUAUAAAAGCAAUGAGUAUUCAUCACAAGCACAGUUCAGCAGCAAUAUUGAAGCUAAAUACCGUCACUUUUGAGCACUUCAGCAGUAGCUACAAGUAGAUGUAGCAGUCAGUGUUACAAUAUGUCUUCUACUUUCGUGGUGCAUGUUCAUUCAUUAUUACUGGGUAUCUGUCAAAAACACCGUCGUAUGCUAAGUAGUGAUUCACCAGGUAUGGUGUUUGUUUACAACGUGUGUUUCAGUCAUGUCUGGCCGGGAGUAAAAUCCAGCAUUUUUAAGCACCAGUGCAUCUGUGUCAAGUUAACUGUGACACCAACAACAGACCAUUUUAAAGAGAACUGUCAAACUAGCUUCUGUCCUGUUCUGGAGAAGUCUGUCACAGAUUUAAUCGCUUCAAUGACUGUUACUGCUUUGUUGUCAGGUCCAGAAACUUUAGAUACAUGUCUUUGGAACUUAAACCUGCAUUAAUCAAUAUGUUUUGUGUCAGCAGUGAAUAAACUAUGUGUUGUGAAAGGGUUACUGUUGGAAAAAACACUGAAGACCCGUGUUCUUUUUAGCUCGUUUAGCUUGUAGAUUCAUUUUCAAAGCAGCAAACUCUCAAUAUGGUUCAAUUUUAGAAACAGGUUGCUGAUUUCAGAAAAGGUCAUUUGACCACCUGUUUGCUACCUGGGCAGGAAUGUGCAAGACUUCUUUAUGAAAAUGAAUAAAGGAGUCUUAUACUUCUGCACCUGUGGCAUUUUUUAUUCAUUCCAUAUUUAGUGAUGAGUCAACAAAAUCCAGUUAUGGAUGCAAAUUGUGGUGACAGCUAAAUUACAUACGGACAAUGUGCGUUAAACAUGACGUGAAAGAAACGGAAACAGAACAUAUUGCUUAAUAAACAGCAAUAAGGACCUUAUCAAGAAACCUACAGAAGUAUAGUUACAGUAAAAACUAGUUCUGUAUCAACACAAAGUGAAAGCCCACUAAAGAAGGAAUGAGCUCUUCUCUAAAACUUGAAAGCCUUAAAGCAGUUUACAACAGCACGUGGGGCUAAAAGAAUAUUAUUCUGUGGAGGUCAAUGUCUUUAAGAUGUUUCCAUAAUGAACAUUCAUAUGUUUGGAGAAAAUUUAAGAAGGCUCACCAGCCCAAACCAUUAAACCUGUGAAGCAUUGUGAUAGGAGAAAAAAAAAAAAAGAAAAUUGCUGAGAUAAAUCUCAGUUAAUCACAGGUGGCUCUUCCAAACACAAAAUCCCAAAGUUAGGGUUAACCUGGAAAAACAAAAGUUAUUUUUUCACAAAGUAGUUUUUAAUGUAUUUCAUGGAUGCAUUGCAUGGUUUCCAGUAGCACACUUUAAAAAUGCCAGUGUAGAGUCUAAACACAGCAUAUUGAUAUGAAUGGUCACAUUUUACAAAAUUCGUACUCUGUCACUCUAAACAUGAGCAGGAUGGUGCCACUACAUUCAUGUGACAGCGUACAAAUCUGUUCUCCACUCGUGAAAUUGGGGUACACGAUGAGUCUGCAUAAUAAAGGCAGGGUUAGUAUGAAUUCAGAAACUUUAUUAUAAAACAACUCGAUUACCAGUUUGCUUGGUGUACAUGUCUGUGGAGCGGCAGGGUGAUUUUCCAGGGGCUGCGCUGAAUGCUGCUAUUUUAAGUGCUUGCUGAUUUGGUGGACUGCCUCUAUGUGAUUAGGAGUCUGAAAUAAUCUUUCUCAUCUUAUCUGCUUUGCCACAAAUAGCUCUUUAACUUCUUUAACUUCUGAGCCUUUGUCUCGGGUUUGUUAACCAAAAGCUCCACCCUAAAACAGGUGGAUUCAAUGAAAUCUCUGAUUAUUCACGCUGAAUUAUUCUUAGACACUAUAAUGGGUCAUCCGACUAAUUGGGUUAACAUUGUGAUGUUUAUUCAUUUGCAAACAGGAUAUUCCAUUAAUAUUAAUUACAAAGCACUGCAUGCAUGACAUUAUGAUCGGGAGCUGAGCCCCCCUGAAAAUUUGAAUCUAGAAUCGCCCCUGGAUCAUACAUUAAUGACAAUGCAGUAUCAACCGCUCAGCAGCUCCGCUACCAUCGAUGGUAGUCCCAACUUUGUGUUAAAGUGUCAACACUCACUGUUACCAGUCAGCACCCAUAAGCAUUCCUUUAACGUUUCCCUAAGUCGUGCCACUACUGACACACAAGCUUCAGCAGCAGUGGAUACAGCAGAUGUAUAUCGUGGCUUCACCUUGAAGAUCAGACAGGAUAUCAAUCAAACAAACCUGCCAGUGUUACAUUUUGGUGAAAAGGAUUACAGACUGCACUGAAUGCUGAUGAGGGGAAGGGACACUUCCAACGUUCGUAGAUGGGUUAAAGCACCUAUCUCUCACCUCUUUACAGUGAGUUGUGUAACACUUAUAAAGCAUGGCAAGACUUGUUCAGCUGUUUUUGUCUCAUGAGUACUAUUGUAGAUGUCAUAGAUGCACUGUGGUUGUAAAAAUGUGUGUAUUAAAGUAUAUAUCUAUUUUUUA